CGUCACACUCUCGCGAGAUGAGAAAUGUGACAUCAGGAAUAGCUGUCCGGCAGCAGUCUAGAAGCUUGACGUUAACGGAGCUGCGGGACAUUUAAACAGCGAUCCGGGACUGUGGGAUGUGUUAAGAAAACCCGGACUGUCCCUGAAAAAAGCGGGACUGCUGGGCGGUUGAUCUGUUAAAAUGGCUGGUGAAUGACCUUACUUUGCUUAUGGAAGGAUACACAACUUACACGCACAUGACUUUGGUAGGAUAAGGAUUUUCGAAUGAUUGGUGUUAAUUAUGGAUCCUGGUGGUGGUGGCCUAGGCCUGCAUGUAGAAGAAACCAAAAUACCCCAUGCCAUGAUCAUGCAGGACUUUGUGACUGGGAUGGCUGGCACUGCUCACAUUGAAGGAGACCACAUUGUUGUUUCUGUUCCUGAAGCUGUCUUAGUUUCGGAUGUUAUCACGGAUGAUGACAUUGCCCUGGAACAUGAUCUGUCUGAUGAAGUUGUCCAAGGCCCUGAUAUCAUCACAGAGGCAGAUGUUGUUGCUGAAAGUGUCAUUAUUCCUGAAUCAGUGCUGGAAACGGAUGUUGCCAUUGAGGAGGCUUUGGAUGACAGUCACCAUGUGUUGGAAUCAGACAUCAUUGCAGAAACCAUCACAGUUCCUGAGCAAGUAUUCGUGGCUGAUCUAGUCACAGACAGAGAUGUCCAGCUGGAGCAUGUAGUCCAGGACUCUAUCCAUGGAUCCCACUCGCCCACAAUGGUUUCCCAAGAGGUUCUUGUAGCCAGUUGUGAUGCUGUUAUCCAAGCACCCGCCAUUCAAGCCCCAGGUUCAUCUGUUACUAUAAAGACUGAAGAUGAUGAAAUAAAAAACACCUCUGAAGAUUAUCUAAUGAUAUCAUUAGAUGAUGUCGGAGAGAAGUUAGAGCACAUUGGCAGCGCUCCACUUAAAAUCAGCACAGAGGUCUCUCAAGGUGACAUGUCUAAAGAAGAUGGAUAUGGUUCUGAAGUGAUUAAAGUUUACAUAUUUAAAGCGGAGGCUGACGAUGAUGUGGAAAUAGGUGGUACAGAAAUUGUCACAGAAAGUGACUUUCACAAUGGGCAUCCCAUAGCCGGUGUGAUUGAACAAAGUGGCCUUGGCCGUAUGCAGCGGGAAAAGAUGGUUUACAUGGCAGUUAAAGAUUCUUCCCAGGAAGACGAAGACAUUGGUUGCGCUGAAAUAGCAGAUGAAGUGUAUAUGGAAGUCAUUGUAGGAGAAGAAGAAGCCGCUUCCCUUCCCGAUGCCCAAAAUGAAGACUCCGGCAUUAAUAAAACAUUUGUUCCUGUGGCCUGGGCAGCUGCUUACGGCGAGGACCGAGAUCUUCCAAGAAAGUAUGGGGACUGGCAGGAAUCUGCAAAUAACAUUGAAUCUCGGUUAGAGAACAAAAACAGUUCAGCCACCCAGUACCUGCAGAUCUGUGACAGCAUUGCUGCAAAUCGAGCACUUAAACAGAAAGCCAAAAAAAGGAAGCGAGGGGAUGCACGGCAGUGGCAAACGGCUGUCAUAAUAGGGCCAGACGGUCAGCCGUUAACCGUAUAUCCUUGUCACAUAUGUGGGAAAAAGUUUAAAUCCAGAGGGUUUUUGAAGAGGCACAUGAAGAAUCACCCGGAUCACAUGAUUAAAAAGAAGUACCAGUGCACAGACUGCGAUUUCACCACCAACAAAAAAGUCAGUUUCCACAAUCACCUCGAGAGCCACAAGCUCAGCAACAAGGUGGACAAAUCGCAAGAGUUUACAGAAUACACCAGGAGAUACCGAGAGGCGAGUCCUUUGAGCUCUAACAAGCUGAUACUGAGAGACAAAGAUCCGAAACUGCACAAGUGCAAGUACUGUGACUAUGAGACGGCUGAGCAGGGACUCCUCAAUAGACAUCUCCUAGCUGUCCAUAGCAAGAACUUUCCUCAUGUGUGUGUUGAAUGUGGCAAGGGAUUUCGGCAUCCCUCGGAGCUAAAGAAGCACAUGAGGACCCACACAGGGGAAAAACCGUAUUUGUGCCAUUUCUGCGAGUUCCGAUGCGCCGAUCAGUCAAAUUUAAAAACUCACAUUAAGAGCAGACAUGGCACAGAUUUGCCCUUCAAGUGCGAGCAGUGCCCACAGGCAUUCACCGACGAGAAGGAACUCCUGCGGCACACGGAGCUUGUUCAGGGCCACAAAACUCAUCAGUGUCCCCACUGCGACCACAAAAGCACCAACUCAAGUGACCUUAAACGGCAUGUUAUCUCUGUGCACACAAAGGAUUUCCCUCACAAAUGUGACGUUUGCGAGAAAGGAUUCCAUCGCCCUUCCGAACUCAAAAAACACAGCGACACCCACAAAGGCAAAAAGAUCCAUCAGUGCAGACACUGUGACUUGAAAACGUCUGACCCUUUUAUAUUGAGCGGGCAUAUACUCUCCGUGCACACCAAGGAUUUGCCCUUCAAAUGCAAAAAAUGCAAGAGAGGAUUCAGGAUUCAGCCUGAGCUUAAAAAGCACAUGAAAACCCACAGCGGCAAAAAGGUUUACCAGUGUCAGUAUUGUGAGUACAGCACUACCGACGCCUCCGGAUUCAAGAGGCACGUCAUCUCCAUACACACGAAAGACUAUCCCCAUAGAUGUGAGUUUUGUAAAAAGGGAUUCCGAAGGCCGUCGGAAAAAAAUCAGCAUAUAAUGAGACACCAUAAAGAGGCAUUAAUGUAAUGUGCACUAUUGGGGUAUCGAAGGGAAGGGACAUCAGAUAAGCUAUUCACCUUGUUCCAGUGUCUGCCAUUCAGUGUAAAAUAACAUAUUGGGGCAUGGCAGGAUCAGGACAAUACACUACAAAGCAGGAUCAGAUAUCAUGAUUCUUUCAUGAACAGGUUAAGAGCACUGAAAGGGCUUCACGCUCUACCCUAGAGCAGGGAUAGCCAGCCUACAUCAUUCCCACCGUUGCUCAACUACCAGAAAUCUUUCAAGCCAAUAAAAUCAGGCCUGUUGAGAGUUUUAGUUCAGAAUCAGCUAGAGAGCCACAACAGGAGGGAAUGAAAAGGAUGUGGAUAAUUACUGCUUAGUCAUUGUUUUACAUUGUGCCUAUAAAGCGAUACUGUUACAGUUGGUCAACAGUAAAGACCAGGGGUGUAAAGCUCACAGCCUACCAGCUGCUGUAAGACUAUCCAUACGUCUAUAUCCCCAGCAUGUGAGGCUUGUGGGAGUCCUAGUUCAGAACAGCUGGAGGGCCGCCAGUGCAACGUUCCCGGUUUAGGCAGCUUCUUCCAUUUCACUGGGAAACUCAAGGUGCAGUGAUUUAGAUAUGACGUGAUACGGCAGCGUUAGAACUCUAAGGUCGCAAACUGCAAGUUGUUAAGGUGCUAGAAUAAAUGACUUUUGUACAUAUUUUCCAUUUUUAUCUGGUGUUGCUGCUGAAUGUUGUUUGGUGGACACUUGUUUUAUUGUAUGUAUGGGUCUAAAGCUUUUUUUAACAGUAUAUACGUAACAGACAGAUUUAGCACUAUUUCUUCUUCUUCUGACUGCGUCAUCUGAGAUAGUUGAUCGGGAUGAAUAGGUUUAAGCCUUGGCCUCCUGAAUGCUCCCCUAUGCAUUUCUCUGCAAAUGGAAUGUGCACUGGGAUUGUUUGUUGAGCUGAAAGGCCCAUGAAGCUUAACACUCAUCUGAUCCCCCAGAUAUUGCUGCUAAUGGGGAGAUUUAGCACAGCCAUGUGUAGCGUUGCAAUUCAUAAAGCCUAGGUUACCAUCUAUUCUGUUGAGAUGAUAUAUAUAUAUAUCUAUAUAUAGUAUUUAAUCAGAACCCAUUGCUCACUCUGCAGAACGGCACCAGUUCUUCCGUUUACAGUGUAUAAAAUAUGCAUCCCUUGGAAACAAUUCUGUGUGUUAGCAUGCUGCACCGCCCAAUGUGCUUACAUCCGUCUUCUUGUAAGAGAACUGUCCAUUCAUCUUUGACUUUUUUUUUUAAAGUGUUUUUUUUUUUAAUUAAUUCAUGUUGCACAGUCUUCUAGAGAAGACUCUAAAUCCAUGUCGGCGUGUCUGUGUUUCUGAUCAAAUUUAUUUUCCUGUUUUGCACAUGUGAGAAUCUCUUCCUUUGGUUUUUAUACGAUGGAAAUGAACUUCAGAACGCUGUUGUUUCUGGAGAGCGAAACCUUCCGGAACGAAAAUAAAAACCUUUGUCGUUUAUGUGGCUGUAAAUGAUGUAAACGCUGUAAGAUAAGACUGUACCUGGUACCGUGGAAUUAUUUCUUCAUGUGUUUACUCGUAAUGAGCAUACAAUAAAUAUGCGCAUCUCUUGCACAUUUACCGGA